CAACGUCUAAUUAGACACCAACUCCGCUUAAUAAUGGUCAACUCCAGGGCUCCUUCUCCUCCUGUAAUCAGCAAGACCCUACAACAAGUUGCCAACAAUAUGCCAAAGCUGGGCACAAACACAGCUUCGAAAGCAUGACCUUCUUCUCCCUCGACAAUAUAACAAUCACAACAAACGCCCCCUUUUCACUUCACACCGGCGUCCAAUCACAAACUCUCAGCUUGCCUAAACGGGCUGGCGGGGCUAGCUAAGUAUGGGUAUACUUCCCUAUCAUGCUACACUGCAUCUGCCUCAGAGUGAGUGACCGAGAGACGGGCACACGCUCUGAGGUUGGUUGAAGGUAGAUGCACUCAUGAAAUUGCGGUUCCUCGAUAUGCGCUUCUUGUGUCUGGUUACUUCAGCAUCCACACUCUGUGCAUACACCUUGCAAAUGUGCUUAUUCGCCCCUGGUUGUAGUCUUUACCAAGAGAGGCAUAACAUGUAUAUUUCAUCUCAACCGUUGACAACUCUGCUAUACCGUGAGAAUUUUGACCGCUGGGUAAUAGGUAGCCACACGAGAGCGGCGCAGCUGAUGAGGUGAACCAAUCAGCUUACCUGACGACGCGCC